AUGUUCGCCCUUACUUUCCUCACGGUCGGUCUGGCUUCCCUUGCCAACGCUCGACCUCAAGGAAUCGGAACUGGCUCCAACAUCUGCCCUCCCGGGUGUGCCACCUUCACAACCUCUGAGGACUCCAACCCUGAUCCUCAUCAGCUCUACCAUUUCCAGCAGAUGACAAACAACCACCAAUGUGGCAAGAACGGCGGCUGCGAGAUCUCCAAGAGCGAAGUCGAGGGUGAGACUGUCAGUCUCUCCGCUAGCAUCAGCGGCGAUGGCUGGAUCUCUGCUGGCUUCGAAGUUUCAAAGUACACAGAGUCCGGUGAGGUGCAAACCUGUUACGGCGAGGCUGGAGAUACAAUCUGCGUCUUCUGGCGAACAGCAAACACCAUGUACGGCAUCCAGCGCCAGCCUCUCAAGUGCUGCGCCAAGGACGGCAACCCAUACCGCACAACCAUCACUUCGCCCAACAGCGGCAACCUUGGAUCUAGUGCCAUCUGUGCACGCAACGAACAGUGCCAUGGCAAGGGCCACAGCUACUGGAACAACAUGGAGCGAUCCAACAAUGGUGUUACUGUCGAGGGUGGCCCCCAGGAGUGGAAGUUUGGUGGUGAUUUGACUGGUCUUGUCCCUGAUUCUGAUGAGAUCCCCGAGGCCCCUAAGCCUGCUGCUUAA